AAAAGAAGAAUAAACACAUUCAAGUAGAACGACAAAACUUGAGCACAUAUUUUUUUAUUUUAGAAAGUUUCAUCUUUUAAAAGAAGACGAUAUAAUAAGGAGUGAUUUUUACAUCAACUAGUGAAAUUAAAAAUUCAUUCUAUAAAAUGAAGAAUAAAUUUCAAAUUCUUAUCUUAAUUUUUGUUAUAAUUAGCUAUGUACAAUGUGGAGGUAGCACUCCCAAAAUGAUAGCUUAUCGAGAAGUAACUCCAAUUGUUGAAGUUACAGAACCACCUGCUACAGAAGCAACAUUUUUGAGACAAGUGUAUAACGCAUUCACCACAGCUUUGGUGUUAAAAGUGGAAGAAUAUUCAGCAAAUCUUCUGGGCACCAGUGCUGUAGCCAAACUUAUACACUCACUUUUAUUUAAAGAGUAAAAAACAAUAAUCCACAACUGCAUUCCAUCGUUCUUUUGGUUGACCAGGUUUUUGUUUUCCCAGUGGAUGACUACUGUAGAUAGUUAAAUUUUAAAAUCUGAAUGUAAAUCUGUUGAGCGAAAUGGUGUUCACUGAUUACAGAAGCAAAUUACAAAUUUCAAGAGAUUGGUUAAUGAACAAAGAGUAUUCUUUUUGAUAAUCUUUUCACUCCACCUACUAAAGUGAAGAGGGUCUACAGGUAAUAUGUGGAGCUUUGAUCACAUA